AUGGGCCUGUUCGUGGCUGGAGAUGGACAUUACAAGGGCUGGCUGGCCGCCUUGCUAUGCUGCUGCGCAGCUGUAACGGAAGAUGAGUAUCCUGUUGAGAAGCGCAGGGAAUGCUCGGGAGCCUCUCCAUCGACCGUGUGCUACACCCAGCCAACGAUCAUCAAAUCCAUGAUCUCACGACCUAGAGUCGCUGUUCGAUCCAUACAUUCGAAAUCAGAAGCUGGCUCUGAGGACUCCGAUUGUGUGCGACCAUCCUCUGAACGACCUCCUUCACUGAAGCCAUUGGACCUUGGCGAGACACCCUUCUUCAGCCGAAUGUCUCUCCCAAGCCUGAACAGAGACUCUUGGGGUACUUCAAAGCGCAUCAGCAUUGGUCCGCCGACCGCGUUUCGUCGAGUCGAGCUCACGGAGCAGCAACGGGCCUCUCUCAUACCCCUUGGACUGGAUCCGGCUGUGUUGCGCGAAUUCGUUGUGAUUCCACAAGACGACGAGCCCGCACUCAGCUACGCCACCUCGAAGGCCACAGAUAGUCAACGCAAUUCCUUCUACAAUGCGCCGUCGCCGCGUCACGGAAAGGCCAUCUCAAUCACAAGCUUGCCUGCGUCAGCAGCUUCAACCAUCGAGAGGACACGCAAUGUACCACCCACACGAGAACGAAUGCCAAACAGGCCAAUGCUUGCUUAUCGUUCGUCCUCAGGCUCUAUUCGCUCGCUGCGUCGCCAAGUCAUCGAUGUUAAUGCGGCCGCAACAGCAUCCCGCCAUUCCAUCGACUGGGCUCGUCUCGGCGGCCGCAGGCGAGCUGACUCUCGCAACCGCUCCAUGGAGAGCAACAACCUCGACAUCGAUCGUGAGAUACUCGAGCUUAACACUAUUGUCGAAGAGCGUCGAGCUGAAGGAUUACGGUCGUCCACACCUGACACGCACGUCUCCGCCGUAGCACCUCUCAUGUCCAUCCGCGCUCGGUCGCAAACACUGACCGCGAUCGGCUCCGCAUUCUCCCGUCCUCUGCCCGUCACCACGGAGAAUACUCCACAACAGACUCCCGACCUCGACACAGCCGAGAUCUCACCCAUCACACAGCGCCUCUCCCGCCCCUUCACCCUCAUGCCAGAUCAGAUACCCACUCUCGCCGCAGAAUUGACCACCACUGUCCGCUCGGCUCCCACAAACACCCGCGUCAACGGCUGGCUCUCCUCCCUCUUCCCAUCGAUCAAGCCCGACACCGCCACCACCCGCGACACAUUCUACGCCUGCUCUCCAACCGUUGUCCACCAACGCGUCGUCUCCACUGCGUCGACAGCUACCGUCACAGAGUCGGACUCACCCAGCGACCCAUCCUCAGCGUUCUCGAAGCAUCACAGUCGUUCUAUCACCGAGGUAUCAGCAAUGACACCGACUUCGAGCCCGCCAAGUAGUGCGAGGGAGUGGAAGAGGGGGAGUGCGACUGUUUGGGCGGUGGAAGCAGAGUGUGUCAGUCCAACGAAGGUCGGAUUGGCUUUCUGA